UUAUAUACACGAUUAUCUGAAAGAAGGAUUUAUUAGUUGUGUCAAGUGUGGUUUAAAAAAAUGUCAUAUGGAGACAAAUCAAUGAUGUCCUCUCAAAUAAUAGCUUUUAUAUAUGGAGUUGUCUCAGCACUCUCAGCUGUUGUGUUUGCGGAAGUGGUAUUAUCGCCAUCAUCACCUGGUGUGCUAGAGAAUAGUUCCCUUACAUUAACAUGUACAUACACUGGUGAUGAAACUGUUAGUGUUUUUGCAUGGAAGAGAGUCAGGACAAGUGAAAGUACCUUUGCUAACCUUGGAAUAAUAGAUGCAGAAUGCAAUACUCUCAUAUUUCCGGUAGACACCAGUUUAUAUGAGUAUAGAUGUCCUAGUAGUAAACAAUAUGAAUGGACAAUAAAGAAAGUUACUAAACAAAAUGAGGGAGACAAAUACCAAUGUGUUGUUGAAACACUAUUACCAAAAGUAAUUAACAGUAACUCAGUGGUCAUAUAUAUACAAGUUCAGGUUACUAAUGUAACACUAAAGGACGGCAGCACUUUACUAGCAUGUACACUAGAAGUAACAAAUGGUGUACGUAAAACAUUGACAUGUACAGCAAGUAAAAGUAGACCAACAGCUACUAUCAUCUGGUAUAUUGGAGAUGAAGUGAAGAAGAAGGAGAAUGUUACACUGUCUACAUUAACAUUUGCUCCGCUUAAUUCCGACCAUAACAAACAAGUAUAUUGUAAAGCUUCACAGACAGCACACCCAGAAGUGUUUUCUAGCAGAAUCACUCUUUAUGUGAAAGAAUUAGCUACUUCACCUACAAUCACAGACCUGACAACAGAAAAAUUAGAAGGCGACCAAAUAAGAUAUCAGUGUACUUCCUCUCAAACACGACCUAUUGCUAUAGUAACAUGGAAGUUAGACACUCUUACACUGACUGAUGUACAGCAUACAGAACAUAGUCAUGGGAAUGAUCUUAGAUCUGUAACAAGCAUUGUAACUGUUACUGUCAACCGAACGGACAACAACAAAACAAUAUACUGUGAAACUGCAAUACCUGGACAAAGUAAUUUGGCAAAGGCACAGAAUACGAUGCAUGUGUAUUGGCCUCCAUCAUCGCCAUUGAUUUCAACCAGCAACUUUCCAUUUCUAGAAGGUCAGACAGGAAAGAGUAUUUAUUGUUCAUCAUCUGAUAAUGGUAAUCCUACAGCUACAGCAACAUGGUUCACACAGUAUGGAACACCUGAUGUUGCUGAUUCAAGAAUAUUAAAGUUGCCGAAACUUACAUAUCAAGUUAAUCAAAGUCCUAUAAAAUGUCAGUUGAAGAACUUGUUUACACAACAGAAGGGUCUUACCUUACAAUCUGAACAAGUUCCUCUACAGGUUGAAUAUUCUCCAAGACUGCAAAUAAUAGUUGGUGAGAAACCAUCAACUAUCAUAACAAGAAAUGAAGGUGAAUCGUUGUCUGUAACAUGCAAUGCUUCCGGAAACCCAACACCAACAGUGAGCUGGCCAGGACAACAGUCUGUAGGUCCUACUUUGUCAGUUGUUGAUAUAGACAGAACGAACCAUGGUAACUACACAUGUGUAGCUACAGCAACAUCAUCUCGCUAUCCUAGUCAUAACUUUACAACUGUAGAGAAAGUUGAAGUGUAUGUGAACUAUGCACCAGAUGUCACUGUUGACAUCAGUUCAAAGCCUACAGAAAACAUGACAUUGUCUAUUAAAUGCAAACCUAAAGGAAGGCCUGCGGAUUAUCAUUUUAAAUCGUUUACACAGAAAUGGGGAAAUGUUGUUAUUCCUAACAAGCAUAAUAUUUCAAACAAUGGUGUCAUGGAAUUACAAAACGUACAACUUCAAGACAGUGGUACGUAUACUUGCCAUGCCAGCAACGGUAUUCCGGACAGAAAACAUCAACAGCUGUACCAAAGUGGAAACAGUACUGUCAUAAUUAGAGUGUCACCAAAACUGCUGCUAAAGGAUAAUGAAAGAACAUUCUUUGGAAAAGUUGGACUCACAACUUUGAUCACAGUGCCUUUCUACAGUUAUCCCCCUCCUCAAGUUGUACAGUUUCAGUUUGAGAAUGGUUCUACUGUAUCAAACUCAAGCAAACACACAGUCUUAAUCAUUAAAGGAUAUGUUAAGGCAGAGUUUUAUUGGCAAGAAGUGGGGUUAGACGGUUACCUAGCCCAGCUUCAGAUAAAUAAUGAAGAUGAAUCAGACUUUGUGAACUACACCCUUUUACUUUAUAACGGCAUUGGAUCUAAUAAAUCAUGGACGAUUGAACAUAUCCAUAGAAGUAAAUCCGAUGUUUCUGGAGCAAAGAGUGAUUGCAACCAGUGUGACAACAAUAAUAUACAAACAAUUAUAACAGGAAUUGUCCUUGGUAUAAUAAUAAUAUUGCUCGCAACUUAUGCCGGUUAUUUAACAAUAUUAAUGAAACGAAAAGAAGAAAACAAAAAGGAAACCAUCUCUUGUGAGCCAAUUCAACUGAACGCACCGAUAUAUACAAACAUAGCCAAUUCAACAUGUAUCAGUGGCGAACGGCAGCGUACAGAUCUGGUUGAACCGGGAGAUGUGUAUACAUCAUUACAGAGUAAGUCACGUGCUGAUAAAGAAACAUAUGAUAUAUUAAGUGUAGAUACUCCGAUAAAUUCAAUCUAGUGAGGUGUAUAUCUUCUGAAUUGCACAAGUAUUUCAUAAAUUGAAUAAUUAUUUGUUGUAGAAAUAUGAGUGAACAUAUUUUAGUGCUUACUUUUCUUACGUGUGAAUGAAAGUGGAGUGGCAGGUUUUACACGGCUAGUCAGCAGCAAUAUGUUCAUGCGUUACUAAAUAGAUGGAAGUUAUUUAUUUUAAUAACUGAAUAUACUUUGUUUUAUGUUAUUAAGGUGAGUACAGUCAAUUUAAAUCCUAAUGCUCACUGACUGGAUUUUUAGACUUAGUUUCAUUCGUAUAUUUCAAUUAUAAUUGUUAAAGUAGCUAUUGAUAUAUAAUUAAAAACGGUAAUUCAAACUAGAAACAACUACAAGCAAAUAUUGCGUCCCUGAAUGUGAUAUUUCAAAAUAAUGUUAAUAACGUUUCUCAUUGACACUACGAGGGGUGUUCAAAUAUGAAUACAACUAGGCCAAAAUCUCGCAUUUUACCACGUUUUUCACGCACUACAUGUACAUGUACCGCAUAGAUGGUCGUGUAAAUCGUGUUUAUUUGUAAAUCAGUCCAGUCUAGCUUUGGUAAUAUCACAAUGAACGUCAUCUCCUCGUGUAUAGUAAUGCUAAAAUAAUUGGGAAAAUGUCUCCUAUCACUUUACAAAUACGGUCUUAUAAAAAUGUGAAGGUCUUGUUUAUCAUAGUGUCACCCCUACCUAAGGUCAAGUCGUUUCCGACUUAUGCAGCACAUUUUCUUUGCAUACCACGUACCUCCCAACUCCUACCACUUUUCCAGGCGCCAGGCGGAUAGAAAUCGGUAACCAUUCAUUUUAACUACCUCGCGGCUCACGAAGCGGUCAUUUCGGAACGAGUCCCACGAGAAAAAAUUAUCAAUCAAUUACGCUCCCCGUGAGGCUCGAACCUUCGAGCUUCCGAUCCGAAGGCGGACGCCUUAACCACUAGGUCAACGGUACCGAGAACAAAGAGCCGCUGUAGUCUUGGUAUACAGGCGGAAGACAUAUUUUAUGAGAUAUGUCGUGUUUAUGGUAACAAUGAACUUUCCUUUUCAUCUUUCACACGGUGGUGUAAGUAUUUAAAAGUGGUGUGGAUUCCUGCAACUUCGCAAAAAUGGUUGAAAAAGUAAAAUUUACCAUUUUCGUGUUUAAAUGUUGAAUUCUGUUUAAGCCAAUCUUAGGGGGCGUGUACGGUAGUUUGCAUUUCACAGUACCGAGCAUGAACAGGCUCAAUCAAAUCCAGCCUGCAACAUUUUUAAUUUUGUCGUUUUGGACAUUCUUAUUUUCUCUAAUUCAUUAUGAUGAUAUUAUAGAUUAUUUAGAGUUUCCCAUUUCUGAAAAAGAGCCAUUCUAAGUUCAGAAAAAUGUCCUUAAUUCAUAAACCACACGAAAAUUGUGUUUUCAUUUUGCAUACAGGUGACCUUUAAGGUAUAUAACUGCCCAAUGUUGCCCAUUUUACAGUUCUUUAUAGUAAAGUAUAGUAUAGUAUAGGUGGUCUACCUUAAACUGGGCUUUUUAACCUCAGUUAAAUUCCUUUAACUAGUUACUUCGUCAUGUCAUUGUGUAAUUAAUCUAAAAAAAAAGCUUUCAAUCAUUUCUAUCAAGAUUUAUGCUUUACCUUUCUUAUAACUGUCAUCGUUCUCUAUAUCAAAAUGGCGAUUUAUCAUACAAAUUUUAACAAAGAAUUUUUUUCGGACGACGACUGUCUGUCAUCAGUUUGACUUCCUGUAAAAUUAACAGGGAAGAACUGAAUAUAAGAAGAAUGUUCAUUGGUCAUUUUCAAAUUACAAACUGAAAUCAGUGAAUCUCAUUGGUCAUUCUAAAAUAAAAUGUAAAGGACAGUUCUAACCGUUCUAAAAUAAAAUGAAAAGGAUAGUUCUUACCAUUCUCUAACUUUUUAAGGAAAGCUCUAUGUUAAAAUGUUAGGGAUGGUUUUGCCACUAUAAACAAAAUGUAUAGGAUAGUUCUAAAAUAAAAAGAGGAUAUUUCUUUAACUUUUAGAUUUAUUUGUAAAUGAUUACAAAAUUUAUAAAGUCAAACGUAAAACAAGUAAAAGAGACUUUUUAAAUAGAAGUUGUUCUUCUUUGAAAAAUUAACAAUAUCAAUAUGAUAUAAUUUAAUUUCAAUGUUUAGAAGAAAAACUUAUUUUGUCAUUAUUAUGCAAGCAUUGUUCUGACAUUUCUAUUUGCAUCGAAAACUUAAAAAUAACCUUAUUUUUUCAUGUUAAACAGCUUUACUUCGGCCGGGUAUCGUUUUAAAGGAUACUUCUUGUUAGAUAGUCAAAUACACUGUCAUGCUGUACGAAUAACGUAUCAUUCUAAGAGGUUGUAAAGCCUUAUUUUGACACAUUCAUAGUGUAAACACUGAAGUGGUAAUUGACAAUUUCUUAGAAUGGUCUUUCGUGAAGAAGUCAUUAUUCCUGACAGUAAAACAGCACUUUCCGUUACCAGCCUCAAGUUAUAAAUCACAAUGACCGUCCAGAAAAUUCAUUUGUUCAAUGAUUGUAAACGCGAUGUUAUUGUGUGAAUGCAAAUUUUCACGAGCUCUUACUUUUAGUUUUAGAUUUACAACGUAGAAUGCUGCGGCAUACCUUUGAGCGAACAUUUUCUUAUGUUUUGAAGAUUUUUCUCUCUAUUGUUGUUAUUUUUCCCUACAAUGAUAUAUUUGAGCUUCAUUCUUCGUUCCUUAACUAGUGAUGGUAAACAAUAUAUAUGCAUGUAGGUAUUUUGUGUGUGUAGAGCAGCAUUUUUGUUAAGGGUUCCCCAACAAUCGGAUGGAUACUCAUAUAUAUCUAUUGUAUAAUUCAUGUUAUAUACCUGCCUUUUAUACAGGAAUCAAUUAUAUCUACAAUGUAUGAUAACCCUCAUGUUGUAAACUUUGAGAUACCUGAGUGAAAUAAAGUUAUGUGUCUGUCUGUCUGCCCGUCUGUUAAAUGACUGCCGAAUAUCCAGGACAAAUUGGCAAUGUGUUCUUAAAGAGAGCCCAAAGUACCUUAAAUAUGGGUCGAAUGAUGUCCUGUACGAUCUUCUAUAAGUUUUUUUUAUAAUAAUAUUGAGUUUUCAGGCAAUUUGCGUAUUUUUCACAUAGGUAGGUUUCUUAACAUUUAAAGUACAUCCAAUACAGAGGUGAUACAUUGAAACGCCGAAUACUGUUACUUCGUGUUAAAUAACGUGAGUAUGACGUUGGAUUGUGGACCGCAUUGUAUUGACUCUUAUUACGAUCAAUUUCAUUAUAGAUUAUCGGUGGCAGAGCUGCUUAACUUGUACAUGAACUGCAGUACGUAAUGCUUUGAUUUUGCAAGUACUGGUACUGAUACUGAAAUAAGCUUUACUACUGCUAAUGCAUUACCAAAAUGUCAUCAGUUUUUCUCAUAAAGUGAAGAUAUGAUUUUCAUAUAUUAUUUUAUAUUUGUGAAAAAGUACGUUUUCGGAUCUAACUCAUAACUAUAGAAAACUAAGUUAUAAGAGCUUUACAUUACAUAAAAUUUUAGUUUAGGGGAAUUAUGUAUUUAUUUGUGGUCAAGUUUGUACGUGUAACUAGUAUAAGCAAUCACAAACUGUUAUCAAAAGGGAUUGAUUCUUAAUGAAGCAACAUUUAUUUUUGUAGUCUUAAUAUAAAUCAUGCAUAUUUGUUGAACUGAAUUUGAGUUAUAAUCAAGUACAAUGAAACACAAACCACGCAAAGCGCUAUUCUAAAUAAUCCUAUUUCAAGUGAUAUUGUUUGCAUCAUAAAAAAAUGUUCUUUACUUUGGUAUAAAUAGAUCAGACCCGUAAAAGGCAAAAAAAAAAGACUGUUGUGUUUUAAAUGAAAGAUGAUUGCAUUUUUAUUACAGUUAACUGGUUACUAAACAAUAAGAUAUGACAUAAAUAUGAUAUGUUGUAAAUAUUGCUUGUUAAAAAGUAGGUUAGAUCAUUAUAAAAUCUUAAAAAUGUAAUGUUGACUUUGAAGUAACUUAUAAAUAUAUAUAUAAAUUUAUAUUUUGCUGAAUAAUGCUUUCAUGAGAAGAGUACACAUGUGAAAUGGAAAUGCCUGUUUAA